AUGGAAGGUGAAACUAUGAAAAAUGACAAUCAAAGGGUGGUGUUAGUUCAUGAUGCCUCUGGAGGGGUGAAAACCAAUGCUGUGAGAUGGAUUUUGGAGGGAUUCAAGUUGAAGGCUGGGGAUAUUUUUACCUUUCUUUCGGUUCUUCAUCAAGUUCAUCAUCCAAUGGGAAUCAAGAUAAGAGUGGAUAAUUCCAUGUUCGGGGGAACAAACCAAAAGAUUAUUGAUGACGAAAUUGCUUGGAAGAAGAAAGAGUACGAUGAUAAUCUUGAACUUGUCCAAAUAUCAAAACUAUAUGAAAUGCAAGAGAUAGAAUUCAAGAUUGAGUUGGUCGUUGGACCUAUACCUAAGGUUGCAGCCGUUGAAGCAUCUAAGAAAUGCAAUCCGACAUGGGUGAUUCUUGAUAGGAGAAUGAAGAGAGAAAGAAAGUAUUUCCUAGAGAAGCUUUCUUGUGGGAUAUCAAGAAUGAAAAGAAAUGACGAAAUAAUUAAGAUAAGAGGACCAAGGAUAUCGACUGUAUCCCAUACAAAGAUAUCAUAUGACGAAAUGUUACCAGUUGACCACGAAUUUCACACUAGGGACAAUCAAAAUGACCAAGAUCUGUUUAGCAUCGAACUGUCCUCGUGUACAAGUUCUACGAGUACAAGAAAUAGCGUUAGCGAUGGCAUAUUAACACUAGGUAAUAGUCAAGAUGACAAGAUAAAACAGUUGUCGACGCUCUUAGAAACAAUUGAGAAAGAACACGAGAGUCCUUCUACAGAAACUAGUCGUGAAAGUACUCAAACACCACGGAUGUCAAUAGAGAAAAUACAAUUUGAUCAGAAGAAAUGCACAACUUGUAAUAUCACAAGACCGACGAAAGUGUGGCAAAGUAGAAACUUUUCUUAUUCAGAGAUUGUUGAAGCCACUAAUCGGUUUUCAUCUGAGAAUCUGAUCUAUCGAGGAGAAUACGAAGCUGUUUUUUCAGGGAAACUUAAAAGGAGUAAGUUAAAUGUCAUCGUUAAGCAACAAAAAGAUAUAAAGAAGUACAGUUCAGAGAUGCAAGCACUUGAAAAAACACGACACGAGAAUGUGAUCAUGUUGUUAGGAAUAUGUGUUGAAAAAAUCCCAGUAUUGAUGGUUUAUGAGUACGCUUGCAAUGGCUCACUCGAUCAACAUUUGUCAUGUAAGUAA